UGUGGCCCACCUGUGCUGCUCCCUAGGCCUCCUGGUGCUUCAGAAGGCUGCGUGCGCUCCAGGGGUCGUGAGCCCUCAGCGGUCCGGACAUAGCCCUGGGCAGCCGGCAGAGCCCAGCGACACGGCUGGACUGAUUUCUGAGACUGCAGCUUGUCAGCCGGCCACCCUGUCUCCGGCGUGGGCACUCUCCUUCCUCCAUGCUCCGCCUCACCCGCUGCCAGCCAGAGGGGACCAAGCCCCGCUCAGCGUGGCCGCUGGCAAGGGGGCUAUGGGGAGCUCCGCCUCCUCCCUGACUGCCGAGACCGAGUCAGACCACGGCUUCCCUGGGGGGUCGCCCUACCCGGGGCCCCCUGCAGCGGCUGGCUGGUGUAGGAGCGGCCCUGGGGGGCCCAUGUGGGGAGGCACCCUGGUCACCCGGCAGCACCAGCCCCCUCGCCCCCGGGCCCGAAGCCACACACGCUCGCCCGGGGCUAUGGCCGCAGUCGGGGAGUGGGCCUGCGCUCGCUGCACCUUCUUGAACCCGGCGGGCCAGCGCCAGUGCACCAUCUGCGAGGCCCCCCGGCACAAGCCCGACCUGGAGCAGAUCCUGCGGCUCAGCGUGGAGGAGCAGAGGUGGGCUUGUGCGCGCUGCGCCUUCCGGAACUUCCUGGGCACAGGGGCCUGCGCCGUGUGCGGCUUCGCCCCAGUGACUGUGCCCGGGGCCGCCCCGCUGCCGGUCCUCAACGGGGUGCCUGGGGAACCCAAGGGCGGCAGCGAGGAGGCAGGGCCCGUGAGGACGCCCGGGCCGGGCUCUGCGGAGCUGGCCCCGGGGCACUGGGAGCACGAGGAGGAGGGCCCGGCCGGGGCCGGCGGCUGGGCCUGCCCACGCUGCACGCUGCACAACACGCCUGUGGCCAGCUCCUGCUCUGCCUGCGGGGGCCCCCGGAGACUCUCGCUGCCCAGGAUCCCUCCCGAAGCCCUGGUGGUCCCUGAAGUCGUGGCCCCUGCCGGCUUCCACGUCGUGCCUGCACCCCCUCAGCCAGGUCUCCCUGGGGAAGGUGCGGAGGCUGACCCUCCCUGCGCCAGCCAGGGCCCAGCUGCUGCUGACCAGGACCCUCCAAGAGUCCCGCCCUUCAGCCCCUUCUCACCCGCCCUGCAGAGCAACCCUGUGCCCCCGAGCCGCCGAGAGGUGCCCCCCCAGCUGCAGCCAGGGGUGCCUGAGGCCACUCAGCCCUCGCCCCCUGCUGGCUCCAAGGCCCCCACCCAGGGCCAGGGCCGGGCUGCGGCUGGCACGUGCCGCCUGGUGGGUUUGCUGUCCAGCAAACGGCUGGGUGUGCUGGAGGAGGCAGCGGCCGAGGGCGGCCCCGCCCACAGUGAAGCCAGCAGUGCUGUCAUUGACCUGGCUGGCGACACCGUGCGCUACACGCCUGCCGGCCCCUCCAGCCCUGACUUCACCACUUGGCCCUGUGCCAAGUGCACCCUGCGGAACCCCACCACGGCCCCCCGGUGCACCGCAUGCGGCUGCUCCAAGCUGCACGGCUUCCCAGAGCACAGCGAGCCCCCUGCCUGCUGCCCCGACUGUGGCGUAGACAGGCCUGGCCCCUGCGCGUGUGGGCGGCCCCUCUCGGCCCACAAGGCUACCCGCCUCUUGCCCGAGCGUCUGGGCCAGUGGGCCUGCCCCGCCUGCACCCUGCUCAAUGCGCCCCGGGACACGCACUGCGCCGCCUGCCACACGCCCCAGGUUCUGGUGGCCCAGCGCCAUGGCACCACGCCCCUGCGGCGCAGGGAGAGCAUGCACGUGGAGAAGCGGAGGCAGACAGACGAGGGCGAGGCCAAGGCCCUCUGGGAGAACAUCGUGACCUUCUGCCGGGAGAACGGCGUGAACUUCGUGGAUGACAGCUUCCCCCCGGGGCCCGAGUCUGUGGGCUUCCCUGCGGGUGACAGCGUCCAGCAACGUGUGAGGCAGUGGCUGCGGCCUUACGAGAUCAGCUGCUCCGGCCUCAGGGACCAGGGGCUCUCCUGGUCGGUCUUCCACACCCUGCGACCCUCAGAUAUCCUGCAGGGGCUGCUGGGGAACUGCUGGUUCCUGAGUGCGCUGGCAGUCCUGGCCGAGCGGCCCGACCUGGUGGAGAGGGUGAUGGUCACACGCAGCCUGUGUGCGGAGGGCGCCUACCAGGUGCGCCUGUGCAAGGACGGCACGUGGACGACCGUCCUGGUGGACGACAUGCUGCCCUGUGAUGAGGCCGGCUUCCUGCUCUUCUCGCAGGCAGGGCGCGCCAUCGAAGGCCUGGCCACGCUCACCGGCGCCCCCUGCGAGAGCCUGGCGCUGCAGGUCAGCUCCACUAACCCCCGCGAGGAGCCCGUUGACACUGACCUCACCUGGGCCAAAAUGCUGAGUUCUAAGGAGGCUGGGUUCCUCAUGGGCGCCUCCUGUGGGGGAGGCAACAUGAAGGUGGACGACGCUGCCUACGAGAGCUUGGGGCUGCGCCCCCGCCACGCCUACUCCGUGCUGGACGUCCGAGACGUCCAGGGCUCCAGGCUCCUGCGGCUCCGGAACCCAUGGGGCCGCUUCUCCUGGAAUGGCAGCUGGUCCGACGCAUGGCCACACUGGCCGGGGCACCUGCGGAGCGAGCUCAUGCCUCACGGCAGCAGUGAGGGCGUCUUCUGGAUGGAGUACGCGGACUUCCUCAGGUACUUCGACUCGGUGGACAUCUGCAAGGUGCAUGCAGACUGGCAGGAGGCCCGGGUGCAAGGCUCCUUCCCCAGCUCUGCCAGCGGGCCCGUGGGGGUGACUGCGCUGACAGUGCUCGAGCGUGCCUCGCUGGAAUUCGCCCUCUUCCAGGAGGGCAGCAGGCGCGCGGAUGCAGCCGACAGCCACCUGCUGGACCUGUGCAUCCUGGUGUUCCGGGCCACCUUUGGCAGUGGCCGCCUGAGCCUGGGCCGCCUGCUGGCCCAUAGCAAGCGCGCCGUCAAGAAGUUUGUGAGCUGUGACGUCAUGCUCGAGCCGGGCGAGUACGCCGUGGUCUGCUGUGCCUUCAACCACUGGGGCCCCACGCCACCUGGCCCUCCUGCCGCAGCCACACAGGGUAACGGGAGACCAGGCGCUGCCCUCGCGCCCCGCCCGCCCCACGGGGAGGGCUGCCCGUUCCUUCACACGCCUCCCCCCGCAGCCUCCAGCCCCUCAGCGGGGGGCCCCCGGGGCGCUCCCGAGCCGCCCGGCCACGUGCUGGCGGUGUACAGCUCGCGGCUGGUGGUGGUGGAGCCAGUGGAGGCCCAGCCCACGACGCUGGCGGAUGCCAUCAUACUGCUCACCGAGAGCCGCGGCGAGCGUCACGAGGGGCGCGAGGGCAUGACCUGCUACUACCUGACACACGGCUGGGCGGGGCUCAUCGUCGUGGUGGAGAACCGGCACCCCAAGUCCUACCUGCACGUGCAGUGUGACUGCUCUGACAGCUUCAACGUGGUGUCCACCCGGGGCAGCCUACGCACUCAGGACAGCGUGCCGCCCCUGCACAGGCAGGUCCUGGUGAUCCUGUCCCAGCUGGAGGGCAACGCGGGCUUCUCCAUCACCCACCGCCUGGCACACCGGAAGGCAGCCCAGGCCUUCCUCAGCGACUGGACAGCCUCCAAGGGCACCCACAGCCCCCCACUCACACCCGAGGUUGCUGGCCUACACGGGCCGCGGCCACUAUGAUCACAGCACCCUGAUAGGGCUGUGUGGGCAGAUAGCCCACCCCCACGUGCACUUUACGAGGGAGACCCCCAUGGAGGACGCUUGAAUCAGAAUCUCAGGACCCUGCCCAGUGGGCACAGCUCCCACGGGCCUUCCCCCCACCCCCACGGCCCCACCCUGAGCACCCAGGGGUCUGCCUGGCCAGGGCCUCCCGGCCCCCAAGUAGAUUACCUCGAACCAGGCUGCACGCUGGCCCAGGACAGCUCCAGACACUGGGCAAACUAAGGCUCCCUCCCCUGGAGGUGGGUUCUCUUGCCAGGCACUAGGGACAGGCAGCCCACGGGUCUGGGUGAGCUAGGGCUGAGGCCCAGGGUGAGUGCGGCUCCCUGGGAGCACAAGGUCUGAGGCCCGUCUUCCCGGAGCCCAGCUCCCUGUCCCCACGAGCGGGUGGGGGUCCCCAGAGGCCAGAUGCACAGUGGGGGCCUGCCCUGAGCAGCACGGGGGAGGCCCGUCCUGCCCCCAGUGACACUAUGCAAUCCCUGGAACCCUCCAGGGUCCAAGCCAUGACGCCCUAGGGGCGGGCGGGGGCCAGCCCUGCUGUCUGCCUGGGGCUCAUCUUCAGUGCCACCCAGCCCAUGGCCCGGCCGGCCCUACGGAGGAUCCCCAGGCUGUCACCAGCCUCCACGGGGCAGGGCGCUCCCACCCCAGACACUGCCUGGCGUUGCCAGGGCACCUGUCUGCCAUGGGCUUCUGAGCCUGGCCUCCUGGGUCCCUGCCCAGCAGCCCCUGCAGUGGCUCAGGUCCCACUGGGGUGUGUGGUUUUUACACCUAGAGAGACAUUCCCCUCUCCUUUUACUCUGAGCUGUGAAUAUUUUUAACCCUGUAAAUACGGCGAGCUCUUCAGACACAGAGACGUAUUUUAUCAGCUGUCAGCCCGUCCUUGGUGAUUCUCCACGGUGGGCUCCAGACUCAGGCUCCAGCGGACCAAAUAAAAGCGCUUUGUUUUGUAAGGAG